CUUGCUCAAUAGCUUCCUGUUUUUGUUAGCACUUCAGAAAAAUGGCAGAGUCGAUUUCAAGUAACGAGGACCUUUUAAUGUGCUCAAUUUGUUUGGAUCUACUGAAUGAUCCAGUGACUAUUCUCUGUGGACACAACUACUGCAUGGGCUGCAUUAAUGGCUGCUGGGAUCAGGAGGAUCAGAAUGAAAUUUACAGCUGCCCACAAUGCAGACAGACGUUUGCUCCAAGACCUGUUUUAAACAAGAAUAAUGUUGUUGCAGGGCUUGUGGAACAACAAAGGAAGACCAGAAUGCAAGCUGCCUCUCUUGCUCUGUGUAGGCCUGCUGGACCUGGAGAUGUGGAGUGUGACGUCUGCACUGGGAGAAAACUCAAAGCUGUCAAGUCCUGUUUGGAUUGUCUGGUGUCUUACUGUGAAACUCACUUAAAGGUUCACAAUGAUAUUCAUCCAGGAAGAAAACAUUCAGUGACUGAUGCCACAUGCCAGCUGCAGGAGAGGAUCUGCCCCCGUCACAAGAAGGCGUUUGACAUAUUUUGUCGUACUGAUCAGAGUUGUAUCUGCUAUCUGUGCAUGAUGGACGAACAUAAAGGCCAUGACGCAGUCACAGCUGCUGCAGAAUGGGCCGACAAACAGAAGCAGAUGGGCAAGACACAGAUAGGAUUCCAGCAGAUAAUCCAGGAAAGAGAGAAGGAGCUGCAGGAGUUGAAAAAAGGCUGUGGAGACUCUCAAGAGUUCUGCACAGACAGCAGUGGAGGACAGUGAGAGGAUCUUCACUGAGAUGAUCCGCUCCAUUGAGAGAAGGCGCUCUGAGGUGACAGAGCUGAUCAGAGCUCAGGAGAAGGCUGA